UUGAACAAGAAGGUUCACCCGGCAACGGCUCAAUUGAUCGGAAUCUCCCGAUAAAGGUACGGGAGCGAUACUCUCCCAAAAUACAACGUACAAGAACCGACCUUGACUCGGAUAUCCCUAAAUUCAAAGAAAAUAGGGGUGAAUGUCCCUCCUACACUUCCAAAUAGCCAUCCGAAUUAAGCACAAAUUUAAGACGGUAUAAGUAUUAUCAUCAAACCGGAAAAAAAAGCCUCUUCCAAGUUUCAGUGACAGGUACCUAAUGAACGAUGCGGGGUCCUAAAGUAUUACUCACUUGUUUGAUCAACAGCUGGACUGCUUGUGCGCUGGUACAAGCGUAUGUUGGAACAGCCCCUGGGAAAACACCAGAGGUCCAAAUACUACCCUCAUUACGAGAGCAGGCCAGACUACUAGACGGAUGGACCGAAGAGCGUAAAGCUCUGAUCCCAGGAUUGCUACGCAAGUAUGGUAUCGAUGCUUGGCUGAUGAGCCAGCGCGAAUAUGCUGAGGACACCGUGUUUUGGGCUCUCAAGGAAGCUACGCAGUUCUCUGCUAGGCGGCGGACCACAUAUCUCUUCCUGGCUGAUCCAGUCGGCGGGGCGCCAUCCAGCUAUUCAUGGGUCGAGAAUACGGAAGCUGUAUGGACGGAACUGCGGCAGAUUCUAGCAGUACAGCAGCCACACUCCAUCGCGCUUAAUACACAUCCGGAAAUAGCGUUCUCGGGAGGCUUGCAUGCUGGUGAGCUCGAUGCUGUUAUCAGAGGCGUAGGAGAUGAGUGGAGAGACAGAUUUGUGUUGGAGCCUAUGCUAGGCGUCGAACUAGUCGCGACGAUGGUUAAUAGCAGGCUCCCGUGGUAUCAGAAGCUGAUGGAAACAAGCUGGGCUAUCAUCGAGGAGGCUUUUGGUAUGUAUGAAAACACACCGUGUUGGUAUUUUGAGAUUCUCAUCCAGGGACGGUCUUAAGACUACACUUGUAACUUGUAAGGGACAUGAUUGCUGACCUUUCUGUAGUAAGUGAAGCUGCCCUGUCUAUUGACUUGUUGAACACA